AUGUCUCAGUAUCAGAACCAAUAUGGUGCUCAAACAGGUAUGACCGACGAAUAUGGAAACCCAGUAAACCAACUUGAUCAAUACGGCAACCCUAUUAGUGGCGGUGGGUUCACAGGUGAUGCCGGUAGACAGCAUUUUGGAACUACUGGUGGUGCUACUGAUCAUGGUCAUGGUCAACAACAUCGUGGAGUUGAUCAAACCACAGGGUAUGGGACCCACACAGGUGGUGUGGGUGGUUAUGGAACUACCGGUGGUGCUACUGAUCAUGGUCAUGGUCAACAACAUCGUGGAGUUGAUCAAACCACAGGGUAUGGGACCCACACAGGUGGUGUGGGUGGUUAUGGAACGACCGGUGGUGCUACUGAUCAUGGUCAUGGUCAACAACAUCGUGGAGUUGAUCAAACUACAGGGUAUGGGACCCACACAGGUGGUGUGGGUAGUUAUGGAACCAAACCUGAGUAUGGAGGCACCAACACUGGAAGUGGUUAUGGUAGAGGAACAGGGUACGGUGGAACUGGAACCAAUCAGUAUGUGAGAGAGGAGCAUCAUGGAGAUAAGAAAGGGGUUAUGGAUAAGAUCAAGGAGAAGAUUCCUGGUACUGAACAGUCAAGAACCAAUACUGAUGGGGCAGGGUAUGGAACAACUGGUCAAGAGUAUGUGAGAGGGGAGCAUCGUGCUGAUUAUGGAGAUGAGCAACAUGGAGAGAAGAAAGGGAUUAUGGAGAAGAUCAAGGAGAAGCUUCCUGGUACUGGAGGAUGUACUGGACACUAG